AUGCCGAAGCGCAAGCUCCGUUCGAACACCAAUGAAGCAGCGUCGAACAAAAGACAAGCGACAGACAUGGCGACAAUUGAGCCACUGAACACGAAGUCGGAUUCACCCGAAGUAACUCCUACCAGCGAAGCCACGUCACGGAAGAUUGCUAAAUGCUUGUCAUUGACGCAGGACCGUCUUAAUAUGGAUACUACAGACUUCAUGGGAUUGCUUCCUGCGGCUGAGAGAGAAUAUGCGGAGAAGGUACUCAGGGUUCACAAGGUGUACCAUAAAGCUGCUCAAGUCCUCCUUCCUUUUGCUGCCGAAGCCCUAGCUAUUGUGGAUGAAAUAGAGCGCAUCGACCGUGUCAUCCACAAGGCGUACUUCAUCUACCAGACCAGCUUCGAGAAGACAGAAAACAGAGUCGUCGAGCGACGUUUCGUGGAAGCGGCUUUGAAGGCUCCAGAGAAAGACCUUUCUUUUUUGUUGAGCAAGAAGCGGGCCCUCCGCAGGGAUACAACGGAUACAGUCGACAGCGUUACUCAAGUGAAGGAUGAUAUCGCGGACAUCUUGGAAGAGGAGGGUGGAGCCAAGAAAGAGUUGUUAAGUUUGCAAGAGCUCGUCUCGGCAUUCUUUACAGCGGAAGGAAUGUUGAAUUGCCGAGUCAAGACGUUCAACACGGAUAGGGAAGUACUUGCAGAUGCCUCACCGACCUUCGCCUGGGUGCGAACUCUGGAUCACCUCAACUACGGCGGUUAG